AUGAUGUAGGAAAUAAUCUCUAAGUCAGAGGAAAAUCAUAUCUAAAUGAUUUAGGCCCAAGCAGAAGCAUCCCAUUAAGAAGCCUAAGGGUUUACUUACUAACAAGCAGUAGAUCCAAGAUUCUAAACCAAUAACCCCUAUUUGCAUCAGAAAAUAUACCACUCUAUGCAAAAUAUCGGGCCAAACAAUCUUUUUAUAGAAGGAUUGUCUCAACUUGGAAAUUUAAACCAAAAUUUCCAGAAUAAUUUCUAAUAAUAAUUGUAGCAUUAGUAAUAAUAGCACUCAGGCAAGCAAAUUUCGUAAUAGUAACACUUAAAGUAAAAGUGCUAGCAAUAAUAACUGAUGAAACUUGAAUUGGACAGCUAAAUUGCUUAAUAAUAGCUACAUGAAAUGGCAAAUGUUUUAGAUUACAGAGAUGGAUAGGCUCUUGGCUUUAAGGAAAAUGAGAAAUACAUAGAUUCGAAAACGAAAACCAUUAUUAUUCAAGAAUUGGUCAAUAGGAGUGCUUCCUUGAAUAAUAAUAACUAGAUUAAGCAGCAUAUGAUUAAACCACAGACUCAAAGCACAAAUCCAUUUGAGAACUCUAAUAACCUUCAAAAAUAUUAUCGAGACGUUCAAAAUGCUGUGUUUAAAAAUCUUCUUGAGGAGCUUAAAAGAUUAGUUGCUUUUAUGAGAGAAUGGAAAAAGCUAGAUCAUUUGAAAGAGAGUUUUGACAAGGAAAACGAAUAAACAUUCUUACACUAUGCUGCUUAAAAAAAUUUUCAUGAAGUCUUAGAGGUACUAAUUGAUGCUGGCUUGAAUGUAAAUGCUAAGGAUAAUGAACAAUAAACUUGCCUUGACAUAGCGAUUGCGAGGGGUUUUGCAGAACUUGCAGAUAUUUUGGAGUAUCAUUUCAAGGUUGAAGUUAUGUGGAAGAAUAGAAAUUGCUUGCUUAAACUCUAUUUAUCGAAGGAAAAAACUCCAUUUAAGAAUCUCUCCUUGGGCAUAUUCAGAGAAAUCAUAAAAUAUGCGUGA